AAUAUAGCUAACGUGCUGUCCUAAUGUUAGCGACGUUGUCGAUAGUUAAAAGCCCUCGUUGGCUUUGCCCGGACAUACUUUUGAGACACAUUUUAGCACAGGAGGUUAGAAGAAAGCCGCUGAGCUUGUUCAGUCCCAGUAGUUGUCCAGUGUCAGACGCGUGGAGGAGGAAAGUCAGCGGUGGUAUCAGAGAUGUCAGCACCUCCGGGACGCUGUGUGCCAAGGUCCGAGGACAGUCCAAGAAGAGAGAGUUGUCUGAGAAGAAGCUGACACGUCAUUUUGUGGACCAUCGCCGUGUGAAGCUGGUGGCAGGAUCAGGGGGUAAGGGGGUCUGCAGCUUUCACAGUGAGCCCCGGAAAGAAUGGGGCGGGCCAGAUGGAGGUAACGGAGGUGAUGGAGGAAGCAUUACCAUCAAGGCUAACCGGUAUAUCAAAUCUUUGGCUCAAGUUGUUCCAGUUUAUAAAGGAGAAAAUGGGCAAUCAGGGGGCAGCAAGAAUUGUUACGGUCGGAAUGGCAGCCCAACCUACAUUCAGGUUCCCUUAGGUACAGUGGUGAAGGAGCAGGGGAAGACAGUUGUGGACCUUUCUGAGCAUGGUCAAGAGUAUCUGGCUGUAUAUGGAGGGGCUGGGGGGAAGGGAAACAGAUUCUUUCUCUCCAAUGAAAACCGUGCCCCAAUGACAGCUACCCCAGGAACGGAGGGCCAGGAGAGAUCCCUUCAUCUAGAGCUGCGCACCAUGGCUCAUGCUGGACUGGUUGGGUUUCCAAAUGCUGGGAAAUCCUCAUUGUUGAGAGCCAUCUCCAAUGCCAGGCCUGCUGUGGCUGCUUACCCUUUUACAACACUCAACCCACAUGUAGGAAUUGUCAAGUACAGGGAUCAUGAGCAAGUUGCAGUUGCUGACAUCCCAGGCAUCAUUCAAGGGGCGCAUUUAAAUCGAGGCUUGGGCAUCGCUUUCCUGCGUCACAUCGAGCGUUGUCGAGUCCUUCUCUUUGUUUUAGACAUGUCAACUACAGAGCCCUGGACCCAAUUUCAACAUCUAUGCUAUGAACUAGACCAGUAUGAACCUUGUCUGUCCCAGCGACCUCAGGCGAUCAUAGCCAACAAAAUGGACUUACCUGAGGCACGGGAGAAGCUAGAGACUCUUAAGAGUAACGUCACCCAGAGAGUCAUCCCCGUGUCAGCUCUGACAGGGCGGAACACAGAGGAGCUUAUCCUCCACCUUAGAGAGCUGUAUGAUGGUUAUCUCCAAGGAGAAGGCAACAGUGGGGGAGGCAAACCCACUAGGUGGUAGUAAAGAGUAUUUUCUUUUGGUCUACUCUGAUUUAUAUGUUGUACAUUUAUCCUGAAGAUUAAGAAUGUAUUUAAUUGCUUAUUAAAUAUAUUU